UGUCGCGAAGAAGCCUUUGUUGGGAAGGGAAUGCUGGCCACCAUGAGUCCUCAGCGUCGCAAGCACUGCAAUGGAAAGGGAGAAUUGCGUCGAAAGGAGGAGGAGGAGGCUGUUGAUGAAGUAGAAGAGGAGGAAGAGGAACAUGAAGAGGAGGAUGAAGAAGAAGAAGAAGAAGAAGAAGAUGGAGACAGAGAGGAGCAGGAGAUUACAGAGUACGAAAAGCAGCGCCUCAAGACCAUCGAGCGAAACAAGGCCAUGCUUGCAUCGCUUCAGCUGCCCAAUUUGGCUGCGUCUUUCGCUGAAGCUACCAACCAGUCUGCUAAAGCUGGAAAGCUGGAGGUUCCUUCGAAUGCGAGGAGCCAUAGUUCACGCAGGCGUUCGGAGCGGCUGAAAGCUGUGCGCGGAAAGCGAAGUGCGGUGGGCGAUGAUAGUGGCAGCUCAGACAAUUCGGAUUUUGAAUCUGAGAAGUCAGACCAUAGUCCAAGUAAGAAGAAUCGCAGGGAUCGAGAGUAUGAACCUACUGACGACGAGGCAGGCCUCUCGGAGUCUGAAGAUGAGGCGGAUGAGCAGGAGACGGAGGUCCUGAGGGAAGGUACCUCAUCUGUCAUGCCCGAUGGCGUUGACGAGGAUGAUGAACAAUAUGCCCUUCGACAGGCUCUUGCUUUAUCCAUGGGAGCGUCAGUAGAAGCGGCGGAUUUUGCUGUAUCCUCGAAGAAACAUAAGAAAAGAAACACAGCCAAAAAAAGAGCUGCAGAAUCUAUGGGGCUGGAUCCUGAGGAUGAUCUUGAGGAUGAUGCACCAUCAAAGCCUAACAAGGGCAAAACCAAGCGGAAGACACAGAAAAUGGGUAAUAAGCGUCAUUACACUGAAGAAGAAGUGGAUGCACUAUUUCCUAUCUUUGAUGACAGAGGGAGGGGGCGGUUGACUGUAAAUGAUCUUGAGAGGGUGUCGACUGCACAUGACUUCACAUGGAGUACAGAGGAACUGCUAGACAUGAUACAUCUGUUCAACAGAAAUCAAAAUGGCGUGCUCGAUUUGGAGGACUUCAGAAACGUAGCCACUCGCUGCAACUUAAUUAUUUCUAAAGUAUAAGCAUGCAGCAUUUUAUGAAUUCAACCUUAAAGUUGAGCUGGCAUCGCUAAACUAUAUUUAGUUGUCUUGUAGCGAGUACUCCUUACAUUAUGCUCUUGGACCCUUCCGAAGGUUCCUUUCCGAGCUGGUGAAAUGUUGUACAUGCUGGCAGCUUCGAAUUAAUGCCUGAUUUGGGAGAUCAAGACUGUCCGACGUCGCACGAUACAGAUCCGAAAGGCCUUGCCUUAUAAAAGGGUCAAAUCACAGGAUAGAUCCUGCACACAUCAUCGAUUAAUGUUGUGCUUGGAAGCACUGCCAUGAUUUUGUAUCAGUUGCUUUACCCUACCAAGAAUGAGAUGCAGGAACAGUUCACAACCAUUGCCAUACUCAGAACAAGCUCACUUGACUCACUAAAUGUAAGACUACAGCUAUACAUUUUCGAUUAGCCCUUA